AUGCAACCCUCCUCUGGAAUGGUUUUCAUUUUUCUGCUUGUAAGGCUGCAAUGGAACAAAAGUAAUACUGAGGGCAAAGCAGUAAAUGAAACAAAUAAUGGAAACAGCUCAGUUGCAGAUAAUAGUCAGACUACAGUGCAAACAACUUCACAGGUAUUUGCUCUGCCUGUGUCUACUGCCAUCAAUCGUUCUGCCGUCAGUCACACUGCACCAACAGCUGCCAGUGCCAAAGGAAACGUAAUGAGAAGAAGGGAGAAGAGCACUCGGCCAACGAGCACACCCCAGAGGCCCACUGAUGGCACCACUUUAUCUUCAAAGAUCACUACAGCAUCAAAAGAUGGAAUAAAUAACUCUGCCACAAAUGUCAACAAGAUCCCAACAUCUUUACCGACAUUUACAACAACAGGUGACUUUUCUGGAGUGACUAGAAGUGCUGCAGCUACUUCAACUUCCACAGUGAAACCAAGUACCUCCACAGUCACCUCCAGCACCCUUUCAAUCAACCCCACCACACUGUUCCCCACCAGGAUCACUCUGACAUCACCCACGGUGAGGCAGGACAGUCCUACAUCCAACUCCAACGCCAUUCAGCAGACAACAGAGCUGAAUUAUCAUUUCAGCAACCCUUCUACUGCAUCACCUAAUCCAAAAGAUGCCAAUGAAGGCAAAGCCAAUAAAGGAGGAGUAAUAGUCGGUGCCAUUCUAGGAGCCAUUUUGGGAUCUGUUUUAAUAGGUCUGGUUGGAUAUUUUAUAUGUGGUAAGAAAAGGUCUGAGUCAUUUUCCCACAGACGGCUUUAUGACGAUACAAGGAACGACGCAGUUCUCCACUUAGACAACUCACUGGGACCAUACGACACAAGUUUUGGAUGUGUGUCAGAUGAGAAAAGCAGCAGAGCGGGCAUGGCAGAGGCCGAUAACGCAGGGUGCCCACCCGAUGGCAUUCCCAUGGCUGACAUGGCACCACCCCACCCUUCACCCUAG